AUGGACCUCGCUAGCCAAUCAGGUGCCUCAAGCUGGCUGACCUCACUGCCAAUCAAGGAACAUGGCUUCUGUCUCCACAAGGGUGCCUUUGUUGAUGCCAUGGCCCUACGCUAUGGCUGGACACCCAUCAAGACCCCCACACACUGUGCCUGUGGAGCCGCGUUUGUUGUGGAUCAUAUACUUUCUUGCCCACGUGGUGGGUUUCCUUCCCUGCGUCACAAUGAAAUAAGAGAUUUAACAGCGAUACUCUUAACUGAAGUAUGCAAUGAUGUGCAAAUUGAACCAGAGCUUCAGGAGAUCACCACAGAGACCAUGUCCGGGAGAAGCGCAAAUACUACCAUAGGUGCUAGGCUUGAUGUUGCUGCCAGUGGUCUCUGGGGAGGCAGACGUGAGAAAACUCUGGUGGACGUCAGAGUCUUCAACCCUUUUGCUCCCUCAAAUCGCAACACAACCCUAGACCAAUGCUUCAGGAAGCACGAGAGGGAAAAGAUCCGUGCAUACGGACAAAGGGUGAGAGAAGUGGAGCAUGCUACUUUCGUCCCCAUUGUGAUGUCUGCGACAGGCGGCCUUUCAAAACAAGCUACAAACUUCUACAAACGACUGGCCUCCCUGCUAGCAGACAAAUGGGACCAACCUUACAGCACCACUCUGCACUGGCUGAGAUGCUCCCUCUCUUUCAGCCUGCUCAGGUCCGCCAUUCAGUGCAUACGUGGCGCUCGUUCAUCAAGAGGCCACGCUAUGAAGCUGUCACCUGGACCUGGUUAUAGCAGCUUGCAGCAAAACUAG